UUUUUUGUUUACUUUUCUUUGCAGGGAUUCCCGUUCAACGCGUUCAUUUCAAGUGAUUCGUUUGUACGUUGUGUUGUGACGUGCCAAGUCAGUGUACGGAAGCUGUCAAUUUGACAGACGUUUCGGGGAUUCGGUGGCGUUGAAACGAUGUACGUUCACGAUGUGAUGGCGUGUUCUUUCCCGCAAUGGUACUUGGACUUUCACGAGAUCACCAUUCCGAGCGUGUGUCUGCCGUUGUCCGCCGACUUCGUUGCCUACCUUCGUGAAGACGGGCUCAUUUUGCCUAAAGAAGCCAUUCCUUCUUCUGACGCGAUCGUAUCGAAUCGAAAACGUUCU